CAUUACCCUUGCAUAACACUAAGAAAGUUACACAACGUUUCAAUACUUACAUAAGUGCAGUCGGCGCUCGUAACAAGAAGCCAGGCGUCUGUUGGUGAAGCCUUAAAGUGUGUGAAACUGAGCAGUCCAGAAUCAAGGAUCGAGGAUAACCUGCUUCCAACCCAGUUCUGAGGAUCCUGAGGUAUCAGUUACUGCUCCUGCAGCAGAAGAGAGAGAAUGCACAGGCAACCACAGUUUCUAAUUGUGUAUUGUCUUGGGUGGUUUGGUGAAGCUUGCAAGUCGUUGUGCUGUGGCCACUCUGUAUCUCAUUUCUCCAGACCUUUGUUUUCUCCUUUGCUGCUGAGCAUCAAACAUUGAACCAAAAUGUCUUCAAAAGGCAAAAGGCCAUCCAAGAAGUCUGUAGGUGAAAUGGAAGGUUUGGACCAUGAGCAGAAGAAUGAAGAAUCAAGUGAAAAAACAAUAGAAUUUCCUACCUCUUCCAAGACCCUGAUGGAACCUAAUCACGGUGAUUCAAGUCAGAAAGAGAAACCAAAACACCCUGCUAGGAGAAAGAGAAUAGCGGGAAAAUGUGAGCCAGGACAAAUUGAGAAAGAAUUGUCCAACCCUUACAGAAAUAAAAGUAGAAAAGUUGAAGAUCAAAUAUCUCCCCCAGGAAGGGAAACCAUGUUAGAAAGCAUUAAAAAGUCACGCUUGUCCACUGCAAUAUCAGUUGAAGAAUUUGGUUAUAACAAAAAUCGUGUCCGUCUUCUUUCCAAAGACAACAGGAUCCGGGAUAACUGUCAAGGAGUUUCCUACUGGAUGUCACGAGACCAGCGAGUGCAAGAUAAUUGGGCUUUCUUGUAUGCACAGUUGCUUGCUCUUGAGCAUAAACACCCAAUUCAUGUUGUCUUCUGCCUGGUCCCCAAAUUCCCAGAUGCUACCAUCCGCCAAUUUGAUUUCAUGCUGAAAGGACUUCAGGAAGUUGCUGAGGAGUGUCAGGUGCUGAAUAUUGCUUUCCACCUGCUGACUGGUUUUCCUAAAGAUGUGCUGCCGGCGUUUGUCAAAGAACACAACAUCGGUGCAGUGGUUGUAGACUUCUUACCAUUACGUCUCCCUCUGCAGUGGAUUGACGAAGUGAAAAAUAAAUUACCAAAAGAUCUGCUAUUUAUCCAGGUGGAUGCUCACAAUAUUGUACCUUGUUGGGUAGCUUCAAACAAACAAGAGUACAGUGCCCGAACAAUCAGAAGGAAAAUUCAUGAUAAGCUCCCACAGUUCCUGACUGAUUUUCCUCCAGUUAUCCGACAUCCAUAUAGUUCUCCUCAGAAAGUCCAGAUCAUUGAUUGGGAUGCAGUAUACGCAAGUCUUCAAGUGGAUCGCACAGUUCAGCAAGUUGACUGGGCAAAAGCAGGAACUACAGCAGGUCUAACAAAGCUAGAGUCAUUCAUUAAGGAAAACCUCAAGCACUUCAGUACAGACAGAAACAACCCAAACAAGGCCGCCUUAAGUAACAUGUCACCAUGGUUUCACUUUGGUCAAGUUUCAGUUCAGCGGACAAUCCUUGAGAUAAAGAAGUUCCGUAACAAGUUUAAAGAGAGUGUAGACAGUUACAUUGAAGAAGCUGUGGUGCGGCGGGAGUUGGCAGACAACUUUUGCUUUUAUAAUAAAAAGUAUGACCAGUUUGAAGGUGCCUCAGAGUGGGCACAGAAAACUCUAAAAUUGCAUAGUAGUGACAAGCGGCCGUACCUGUACACCCUAAAACAGCUAGAGGAUGGGGAAACACACGAUACCUUGUGGAAUGCUGCACAGCUUCAGAUGGUCUAUGAAGGGAAAAUGCAUGGUUUUUUACGAAUGUAUUGGGCUAAAAAGAUUUUGGAGUGGACCUCUUCACCUGAGGAAGCAUUGACGUUCGCCAUCUAUCUGAAUGAUCGUUACCAACUUGACGGAACAGAUCCAAAUGGAUACGUGGGCUGUAUGUGGUCAAUCUGUGGAAUCCACGACCAAGGCUGGGCAGAGCGACCGAUCUUUGGCAAAAUUCGUUACAUGAAUUUUAAUGGAUGCAAGAGAAAAUUUGAUGUUGUCCAAUAUCAGCAGAAGUACAACCACAAGAAGCUCACAAAAACAAACUAAGAUCAAUGUUUGCUUUUAUAAUUGUGUAACCUGAUUUUAAGUGCCUUAUCACUUACUGCAUUCUACCUCUGCCAUAGUCCUAAGCUCCAUUUCCCUCCUGAAAUGUCACCACCUCCCUUUCCUCUUUAAAACAAAGGCCUUUUAUAUGGCUUUUCAUCAUCUUCCCUGGCAUGCCAUGCUCCCAUGAAGAGCCUCAGGAUAUUUUACUAGAUACGAUCUAUAGCAUAAUUACAAAGUUGCUGAGUCUCAAGAAGAUUUAUUUUCCUUAGUUGAAUGAAAUUGAGGCAUAAGAAUGGUCGAGGGAAUAAUAUUAGACAGUGUGUAAUAAGAUUUGGAGAGAUGGAAUGUGCAGCUCCAGGAAAACCUGUUUAACAGGUCAUCAUAGCCAGUGCUUUUUUUGAAGUGUUGUUUUUACUUCUCAUUUUUUUUUACAAAUGUUAACAUCCUUGAGGACUUCUGGGUCAUAGCUGUUGGUGGUGAUUGGUGAUUGCCUGAUUUUAAGAGUGUGUUCUGAUCCAGUGAGAAUUUGAAACAUGGAAAGCAGAAGAGAGAAUCAACUGCAGGAUGAUCACUAUUUAAAAGUUCAUACGUCUUUCACAAGUCUUUUUUAUACAACCUACAAAUAAAACCAUAAGACAUAGGAGCAGAAUUCGGCCAUUUGGCUCACCAACUCUGCUCCACCAAUUGAUCAUGACUGAUUUAUUUUCCCUCUCAAUCCCAUUCUCCUGUCUCUUCCAUGCAACCUUUAAUGCUUCAGUAAUCAGGAACCUAUCCACCUCUGCUUUAUGGACUUGGUGUCCAUAGCCAUCUGUGGCAAUGAAUUCCACAAAUUCACCACCUUCUGGCUAAAGAAAUCCCUCCUCAUCUCUGUUCUAAAUGGACAUCCUUCUAUGCUAAGGCUGUAUUCUCUGGUCCUUGACUCUCUCACUAUUGGAAAUAUCCUCUCUACAUCACCUUCAAUAUCUAGGUCUUUCAAUAUUCAGUAGGUUUCAAUGAGAUGACCCCUCAUUCUAAACCUCAGAGAGGCCCAGAACCAUCCAAUGCUCCUCAUACUGUACAUUAAUCCCUUUGUAUCCUGAAUCAUUCUCAUAAAUUUCCUCUGGGCUCUCUCCAAUACCUGCACAUCUUCUCUUAGAUAUGGGGUUAAAUAUCCUCUGGAGUGUUACUGGUUCUCUAUCUGCUUUGUAUUCUAUGUUGUGCCUUUACUAUGGUAUCUAUUCACAUGAGUGGGGGUAGCGCAGUAAAAACAAAGGGAAUAAAUUACAUAUUUUUGCUUAUUUCAUUGAGUUUGUAGCUUGGGACCAGUGAAGGUCAUACCAUUUGAUGACCACUAAGAUAUCGCUGACAUAAUGCUCAGUAAUGGUUAAUUGUAUGCUUGCUAAUUGCUAAUAAAGGUUCAACUUUCG